AUGUCGCAAAACACCAAUGGCCUCGACAGUAAGAGCCCGUCGAGAGAUGCCUCUCUCGACAAGGUGAAGGUCGACGGGGUUGCCAGUCACAUUGAGGACACUACCGCUUCUCAUGCACCUAACUUUGAUGACUCUAUUGAAGAUACGGAGCCUUCUAAGGCUGUUUGGCUCAUCACGUUUACCGUCGCUAUGGGUGGUUUUCUAUUUGGCUAUGAUACCGGCGUGAUUUCGGCUGUUCUCGUCAGUUUGAAGUCGGACCUCGGACACGAACUGUCGACUUCAGAACAGGAACUCGUAACCUCGAUUACUUCUGGCGGUGCUCUCAUUGGUGCCAUUAUGGCUGGAUUGCCCGCAGACAGAUAUGGACGAAAGCUCGGCAUCUACAUUGGAUGUCUUCUAUUUCUCAUCGGCUCAAUCAUUCAGGCGGCGGCGUUUUCCCUGGCGCAGAUGACUGUUGGGCGGUUUGUGGUUGGACUGGGUGUGGGCUCUGCCGCAAUGAUCAUCCCACUUUAUAUCGGCGAGCUGGCCCCUGCCAGACACCGCGGCCGCAUGAUUGCAUUCGACAACAUGAGCGUUACGCUCGGUCAGCUCAUCUCCUACGCUCUCGGAGCCGGAUUCACCGAAGUUCCUCACGGAUGGCGCUAUAUGGUCGCCGUUGGCGGGUUGCCACCAAUCGCUCUCGGCCUCCUCCUGCCCUGGUGCCCCGAAUCCCCGAGACAGCUCAUCUCUCACGGCAAGAUUGAGGAGGCUACUCGCGUCAUCAGGCGCGUCUACCCUCACGCCACCGAAGAGCAGGUGCGGGCAAAGAUGGGACACAUGACGUGGGCUGUUGAAGUCGAAGCGCAGGCGACUUCCACCUCUCUGUGGCACCGCUUCAAGCAGUUGCACGUUGUCCCGUCGAAUCUGCGUGCUCUCAUCUGUGCUUGUGCUAUUAUGGCCAUCUCACAAUUGGGUGGUUUCAACACAUUGAUGUACUACAGCGGCGUCUUCUUCGGCCUCGUCGGCUUUGAUAAGCCGGUUGCUGUCUCGAUUGUGGUUGGCGCAACCAACUUUGUCUUCUCUCUCGUCAAUUUGUUGGUUAUUGACAGAAUUGGAAGACGCCGUAUCUUGCUGUUCACAGUUCUUGGAAUGUCCAUCAGCAUGGCAGUUGCCGCCAUCGCAUUCCAUUGGAUUCCCGUCUCGCCCGAUCUCAAGCUACAAGCCACUUCAGUCAACUGGGCCGGCAUUCUCGUCCUUGUGACUAUCAUCGUCUACGUCGCCUGCUUUGCUGGUGGUGUUGCUACCAUUGCCUGGGUUGGCACUGAGCUGCUACCCCUGGAGGUUCGCGCUCUCGGCACCAUGAUGAACACCGUUACCUGCUGGGGCUGCAACAUCAUCAUCGCUUCAACCUUCCUAUCUAUGAUGAAGGGUAUGACUCCCAGUGGUGCCUUUGGGUUUUACGCGGGUAUUUGCUUCUUUGGUUGGAUUUUUGUCAUCAUUUGUUACCCAGAGGUCAACGGCCUUCCCCUUGAGGAAGUUCGCCAGAUCUUCUCUGUUGGAUUCGGCGUCAAGAAGGCAAACGAGAUGCAAAGAAUGCGCAAGAUGGGUGCUGGAGCAGCUUAA